CUCCGCGCAGCGCAGUCCUCCCCCCGGUUCUCCCCCCGGUUCUCCGGCUCUGCUGUCCUUCAGGGACUCUGCACGGGAUUCUGCUGCUGCUGUGCUCCAGUCCACGCCUCCACCAGUGCCUGUGUGUGUGUUUUAUGUAUUUAUUUUGGGGGUGGCACUGGCAGGUGUCCCGGUGCCGGUGCGUCAACGUCCGGACAAGUGCUGCUCUCUGAGCAGAGACUGUUGCUCCGCGUCUGCUGAUCACAUCUCCUGCUGCAAGCUGGGCUGGGACGGGGAUGGUGCCGUGCUCAAGAGCCCCGGCAGCUUCCAGAGGUUAGGCUCUCAGUCAACAGAGGGUCACGGCAACAAGCACAUCAGCAGCUCUCCUCCUCCUCCUUCUCCUCCUCUUCCUCCUCCGGGCUGGCCAGAGUCCACAGUCUGCCUGCAUUCAUCUGAGCGGCAGGGAGGACACACAGACACAGUAGUGGCUGUAAGUGUGUGUAAGUGUGUGUGUGUGUGUGCUUGGCUGCUCUUUAGUCUUCAAUCCCCCGCCCAGUCCUUUCCUGCGUGGUGAUAAUGAUGUGUGCUGCUGUCAAGGUGUAGCGUCAAGAGGAAGACCUUUUCAGACCAGCAAGAGGAGCACCCAGGACGCCCGGAGACUGCACACCCGUGCGUGCAUGCACGCGUGCGUGGAAGAGAGUUUGACUGCUGAUCGGGCUAUGAAGGAGAGCCCUUCCAUUCUGGGCUGAGUUAAGCAGAACAGGGAGAACUGAGCCGGGAGCAGCCAUGGGACUGGGACAGUCCAGCAAGACUCUGGUCACCGACGACACUGACGAGAUCAAUUUUGACCACUUCCAGAUCUUGAGGGCAAUUGGAAAAGGGAGUUUUGGAAAGGUCUGCAUUGUUCAGAAGAAAGACACUAAGAAGAUGUACGCUAUGAAGUACAUGAACAAGCUGAAGUGCGUGGAGCGGAACGAAGUGAGGAACGUCCUGAAAGAGUUGCAGAUCAUGCAGAACCUGGAGCAUCCUUUCCUGGUUAAUUUCUGGUAUUCCUUCCAGGACGAGGAGGACAUGUUUAUGGUGGUGGACCUGCUCCUGGGGGGAGACCUGCGCUACCACCUGCAGCAGAACGUCCACUUCUCGGAGAGCACGGUGAAGCUCUACAUCAGCGAGCUGGCCCUGGCGCUGGGUUACCUCCGCAGUAAGCGCAUCAUACACCGAGACAUAAAGCCUGAUAACAUCCUACUGGACGAGCACGGACACGUCCAUCUAACAGACUUCAACAUCGCAGCCAUUGUAAAGGAAGACCUAAAAGCCACGUCCAUCGCUGGAACCAAACCAUAUAUGGCUCCGGAGCUUUUCCAGAGCUUUGAAGGGUCCCACCCCGGCUACAGCUUCUGCGUGGACUGGUGGUCUCUGGGGAUUACGGCCUACGAACUGCUAAGAGGACAGAGACCAUAUGUGAUGAGAUCCAGUACACCGACUAAUGAGAUCCUUCAAACGUUCCACAAGGUCCAUCCCACUUACCCGGUGGCCUGGUCUCUGGAAAUGAAGUCUCUCCUCAGAAAGUUGCUGUGCAUAGAUGUCCAGAAGCGCAUUUCCUGUCUAGCCGAGCUACAGGAUCUGGACUUCAUGUCAGACGUCAACUGGGACGCUGUGCUUAGCAAGCAGCUUCCUCCAGGCUUUAUUCCCAACAGGCGAAGGCUAAACUGUGAUCCCACAUUUGAGCUGGAGGAAAUGAUCCUGGAGUCCAAACCUCUCCACAAGAAGAAGAAACGGCUCGCUAGAAAGACCCGAGAUCAGGGAUCCGACGGGUCUCCCCAGAACGGGCAGCUGCAGCAGCGUUUGGAUAAUGUCCAGAGAGACUUUAUUGUCUUCAACAGAGAAAAGUCAAGGAAGGCAGUGGUGGACUCUUCUGAGCUGUCUGUGAGUGAGAAGAACAAGGCGAUAGAAGACGGACAGAACAACAACGUUGAGCCGGCUGCUUAUUCAUCAGGAUAGACCACACGAUCCCAGAUCCCCACGUCAUCACCUGCACCUGCUUGUCCAUCAGCAACUUACACACCCUUUUGCUCUAAUUGUACAUGCACUCAGAACUGAAUUCUAUGUCCCUGCAGUCCUGAAAAGGCGGUACAAAAACAAUACUGUAUGCGCUUGUGCAUCACAGUUUCACUUGCAAAAAGUCACGUCACGAAAAUCCUGAGCUGCUGGAGCGACAUGGACUGAUUCUUGAGCAGCAGCCGUGUCACACUCCUUCCCUUCGCUGUCACCAAAAGGAUCAACUCUCAGCGGAGAGUUGCUCAUUUCAUGCUCCCUUAUAUCUCUUUGGUGCUCUUAGGUGUGCUCCACUGAAUGCCUAAAUGAGAAGAAAGCCAGUUUGUUGCCAAAAAAACAACAGAAGACGAUAAGGAAUCUGCUCGCUGGGUUAACUGCACCUGAGAACGAAAUGCGCUGCUGCUUUUGAAGCAAGACGCUGAUUUUUAACUGGGUGAAUUUUCUGGUUGAUCGUGGUUAUUUAAAUCUAACUUAAUUCUGCAGUUCUACUAAACAUUUAAACAUUAGGGCGGUAGGCUAGUAGCAUCAUGCUGGUGAACACUUGGGUAGAUGCCUGUUUUCCAUGUGAUCCACAUGACAUAGUAUACGAGCAUGAUAGGAAAACUAUAAUAAAAGCUGAUUUUAAUUCAGUUAAAUAAGGAGAGAAAUCCCAUAUUCAUCUAAUAUUGAAUAAAAAGAGCUGAACUGUGGGCUUGAGCAUGAAUGGCUCACUUUAUCAUGACAGAUACAUGGCUGCAUUAGACGAUCAUUAUACCGUAUUUUCGCGACCAUUCGGCGCGCCGUGUGGAAAGGCGCACCCCCAGUUUUGUGUGUCAUUUUUGGAUUUAAAACACACAUACGGCGCACCGACCGAAAAGGCGCCGUCUACACACAUGCGCGCGCACAACACACACAAAUAGAGCGAAAAAAAAGUAAAUUAAAAAUAAAGCGGGAGCAAAACUUAGUUUGAUUGUACUUAAGUUAUUACAUUAAUCAAACCCAUCGAAAAUCUUCAUCCUCCGUUUCUGCAUUCAUCCGAACUUGAGACCGGGAGAACUGAUCAGCUGCGACGGGCACGAGCCCGCAGCUCUCUGGCCGCUGAGCAGCCGAGUCACUUUCCGUGCCGUGCGGCCCCUCGGAAAUGAUGCCGGCUUUUGCAAAAGCCCCAACAAUAGUCCAACCCAGCAGACACGUCAGCACACGCAACUACAAUCCAUCAACAGUAAAUGACGGAGCCCGCCGACCUCGGUGGUUCCUCCGGCCUUCCGGCCCGCCUCUGCAGCGCAGCUUCCCCCCGGGAGCCGCGCCUCCUUCUCGGUAGGGAGGCCGAAUCUCCCCGUCCGCCCCAGGUGUCCCGCCACGGAGCCGCCGCCGAGCAAUUCACGCCCCCCCCCUUCCCCCUUUAACGUUCUCAUGGUGGCCUCAAUUAUGUCCGCCUUAUGGUUCCGCGUUAAGUCGACGCAGCCCUACACCGUAGGCUCUGCAUCGGUGUAACGCAGAACCAUAAAUCAGCCUUUACAAUAAUACAAUGGGAGCAUUGCAUCAUUGGGGGCGCGGCACAUUUUAAAAAAAAAGAAGACAUUUAUAUGCGCCUAAUGGUCGCAAAAAUACGGUACGUAGCUUUGCUGGCUAGUUGAAGGCUGGCCUGUUGCUUUGCUGUAAUACGCCCGGUUAGUCAGUGGCAAAACUUGCCAAAAAUAGGAAAUAAUAAGAUGCAGCUAAGAAACACUGGAUUUGAAAUAUAGUUCAAGGUCCGUUAAUGACUUUGGAAGUUUAUACGGAGCUUUUUAAUUAAGCCUCCCAGAUGCAUUUGAAAUCUUUGGGAAGUAUGCUGAGUUUUUAUCAUACUCCUUUUAGGACACUGGCACUUUGACCUCAAAUUUUUUCUUCAACCUGCAAAUGACUAACUGGCUUCAAAUAGAAAAGGUAUAUUGUAGAUGUUAGUUCUGCACUGAACCUACUGUAGCUUUGCACAUGCUUUAUUCAUUAACCGUAGCAUUUACAUGUAUGCACUGAGAGACAGAAACUCUAAAGCUGUGAGUAAAACUAUUCUUCCCUUUGCACGGGUUUUAUAGAUGUGGAUUAAGGAAAGUCCUGGACCUGCUCCAUAUAAAAUAAGUACAAGGUGAAGAAACACCCAUCACUCAUGCUUUGAGAUUAGACUUGCACAAAAAAAAAACAAAGUCAAAAAGCAACACCUUCCUCUGAGGACUGAGGGACGCCUUACUCCACAGACGUGACGCGCAGCUGAUUCCUGUAUGUGCAUGAAAUGAAAACCUGAGCUUUUUCUCACCAUCAGUACGUAAAAAAACAAGAUUUCUACUGAUACCUCAUUGUUCCACUGACCUUUGUCCUAUCCAGUUCUAAGAAGAAUCAACUCUUCAAAGCCUAUGAAGACUUGUACUUGCAUUUAAAAUAUACCUGAUUCUUUAAAGUCAUUAGUGUUGACACUUUUUUACUGAACAUUGAUAAAAUGUUUGGACUUACCUUUAUGUUGCUGUUGUUGUCGUUCUUGCCGUCAUUGAUGUAGUUUUUCAGAUCCAAAGGUGGCCUCCUUUAUAGGUUGUGAAACAUCGUGGGAUAGAUAAAUGGAUGGACUCAUCUUUUGGUUUACCUGCUUUAAUACCUGGUGCGGAUAAUAUUUGGGAAUAUUUACCAAAAUGAGGCGCGUUUAAUGCAUCAAAUUAAUGAUCAGUAAACAUGUGACGCUAAAUGAAAGUAACCGUCAAAGAUUCUCUAAACCUGGUAACACCAUUACGUAAAAAUGUUUAUUUAAAAAGUAAUUAAGUCGGAAAGAAAAUUGUUUCACAUCUUGUGAAUUUCACCUGUGUUAAGAUUCUGUUGUCCUUCACUUGUCACUGUGUAUUUACUGUAAUCAAAUGUGAUGGAGUUGAGACUAUUGAGGUGUGCCUUAAAUAAUAACUUUCUUUUUCAGAAGCA